AUGCAGUCGCUCGUCGUCGAGUUCUCGCGGCGCGUGCGCGAGCCAGCACAAAAUAUGAGGGCGAGUGCAGGGGCCAGCCGCGCCACGCGCGGCCACGUGCACCUCCCAAGCCAACCGCCGCCCCCGCAGCACGACGGAGAGCGGGUCGAUCCGAUGAUGCUCGGUGAAGAUGCUCGGUUGGCUCUCGCCAAAUGCGAAGUCAAUUCGGCGAUGGUCUCCGCUGCUCGAAAGCGCCACCGAGAGAAGGAGAAGCACGCUGCGGCGGCCGCCGACCCUCCUGCGACCUCGACGGACGAGCGGACCAAGCAUCGGAUAAAGAAGGACCUGAAGCGCAAGGAGAAGCGCAGAGCCGCGGCCGAGCAGAAGCGCCAAGAGGCGGCCUCCGUGGCUCCAAGCGGCAAGGCGGCGCCCUCCGCCGCUGUCAGCGCACCAGCGCACCGCGUCUUUGUCGGCCGGCUCGCGCAGUCGACCACCGAAGACGAGCUUGAGCGCCACUUUGCGGCGUGCGGGCCGGUGACGUGCGUGGACAUGCUUCGGCGGAGGGAGACGAACCGCUUCAAGGGCGCCGCCUUCGUGGUGUUUGAGACGGCCGGCGCCGUCGACGCCGCGCUGCUCCUCGACGGCAGCGACGUGGGCGGCGAGGCCGCUAGAUGGACAGGUAGGGCGGUGCGCCACGUGUGGCCACAAUGGACAGCGGAACCAGACCUGACUCUGGGACCUGCUAGAGGGCGCUAG